AUGGAAAGGAGUACAAAAAAAAAAUUUAGAGGAAAAAAAAAAAAGUGUCUCAUACCAAAACUUAAAUUAUUCCGUUCCAAAGAACCAAUUCUUUCUGUUUUUAUGUGGGGAAUUAAUCAUACUAUGUCCGAAUUAAUGCAUGUACCUCCACCUGGUCUUUUACUUCCAGAUGAUUUUAAGGCAAGCUCUAAAAUUAAAGUUGAUAACCAUUUCUUUAAUAAAGAACAUAUGCCUUCGCAUUUUAAAAUUAAACAAUACUGCCCUAAUGUUUUUCGUUCAAUUCGCGAACAAUUUGGGAUUUCACAACGUGAAUUUUUAGCAUCAUUAGUAUAUAAUGAACCUGAAUUAGUUGUUGCUGAAAGUAGUGGAACUUCAAAAUUAUAUAUAUCUUAUGAUAAAAAAUUUGUAAUAAAAACACUUGACUCUGAUAAUGUUGGAGAGUUACUUUCUAUCUUACCAAAAUACCAUGAAUAUGUUGUAUCAAAAAGGGGAAAAACAUUACUACCACAAAAUCUUGGUCUUUAUAGAAUCACUGUUGAUGGUGAUAUAUGUUAUCUUUUAGUUAUGCGAAAUAUCUUUGGCUGUAAAUAUGCAAUUCAUAAAAAAUAUGAUCUUAAAGGUUCUACUAUUCAAAGACAAGCUUCUGAAAAAGAACGCACAAAGGACCUUCCAACUUUUAAAGAUAAUGAUUUUUUGGAUGAUAAUUAUAAAAUAUAUCUGCCUAGUGAUGCAAAAGAACAGUUAAUGGGUCUUUUGAGGUCCGAUACUGAAUUUUUGACAAAACUUCAUUUAAUGGAUUAUUCACUUCUUGUUGGUAUUCAUGAUAUUGAUCGUGCAAUUGCAGAAGAAGAAGCAAAAGAACCAAAUAUUCACUCAUCUCCUGGGGGUGAAUCUUCUGGAGGUGAGGAAAUAAUGUGCCCAUCACCGCCAGACUCUCCUCUUCCUUCAACAGGGGCGUUUACAACAAAAUCUGAAGGUAUUGAUCUUGAAAAUGAGUUUUUUGCUAUAAUAUCUAGUCCAGUAUCAGAUAAAAAAUUGAUAUAUUUUAUUGGAUUAGUUGAUAUUUUAACGUAUUAUGGUGUUAAGAAGCGCACAGCUUCAGCAGCUAAGUCAGUUAAAUAUGGUUCUGAAGCCAAAGAAUUAUCUACAGUAAAACCUGAACAGUAUGCACGAAGGUUAAUUGAAUUCAUUAAUAAAUCCGUCGUCACCCCAUCCUCAACUUAA